CCCAAAACUAACAAUAUCUUCUUUCCUUCACAGAAAAAUCAGUUUGAAGCUGCUUUUUACAAACAUUUCCUUUGGAUUUCUGUGUUUUAUAGAAGAGAAACUGACAAAAUUUUCCCAAAAUGUCGUGGCUGAGAUCCGCCGUGAACAAGGCUGUGGAGGUAGGGAACAAGAAUAACCUCACUCGUGCCGUCAAGAACUACGCCGACUCCGUCGUUCAACAAGCCGGCCAAGCCGUCGCUGAAGGAGCCAAAAUCUUGCAAGAUCGAAUUGGGAAUCGGAAUUACAAAAGUGUUAAGCAAACUGUUAAGAGAUUGGAAGAGGCUGCUGUCUCUUGUAGAGGUCCCGAGAGGGUUCUGUUGCUGAGAAGAUGGUUAUUUGUGCUUAAAGAAGUUGAGAAGUUAUGGGCAGCUUCUUCUGAAGAUAAACAGAGGACCGUUGAGCAACACCUUUUUCCUGAUGAAGGAAGGGAAAGUCCAAGAAGACAGUCUAUGGUAUUGUAUUAUGAUUCUGAUGUUGGGGGCGAGCCAAUGAAUUUUCGUGAUGUUUUUCUUCAAAGCCAGGCUUUGGAGGGCAUCAUAUUGUCCAUGAUUCUUGAAGCACCAACUGAUGAAGAAAUUUCUUUGCUUCUAGAGAUGUUUAGGAUCUGUCUAACCGGAGGAAAAGAAGUUCAUAAUGCAAUAUUGAGCAGCAUACAAGAUUUGGCUUCAGCUUUUGCUAGCUACCAAGAUGAAGUGUUGGUGAAGCGGGAGGAAUUGCUUGAGUUUGCACAAGGUGCUGUUGCGGGAUUCAAAGUUAGUGCUGAGCUUGGAAGAAUAGAUGCUGAAGCCAUUGAUCUGAAGAACAAACUUGAUGGAAUGAUUGGUUCUGAUAAGCCAUCAAGUGAAGAUCAGAACAAAGCAUCUGAUGGAACAGCUAAAGCAACUGUGGAGGCUCUGAAAGAAGCCCUUGCGCAAAUACGUAUUUGUUCUAGAUUGGAAGGGCUUUUACUGAAAAAGAAAAAUUUAUAUUUUGGAGAUUCUCCCGAGAUUCAUGCUCAAAAGGUUGAUAAGUUGAAAGUCUUGUCAGAAUCCCUUGCUAGCUCUGCAGCAAAAGCUGAUAAGCGCAUCUUAGAUAACAGAAUACAAAAGGAAGAGGCCCUGAAUGUUCGUGUUGGAAAAGCUGAUGAAGCUAAUGAAAGAGAGAAGGAAAUAUCAGCUGAAAUUGCUGUACUUGAAAAAGAAAGAAAUGAACUUGAAGCUCAAUUGAAAAAGGUUAAUAUUUCCUUGGCUGCUGCAAAUGCACGCCUUCGCAAUGCUAGGGAAGAGAGAGACCAGUUCGAUGAAGCUAACAAUAAGAUCAUUGAGCACUUGAAAACAAAGGAAGAUGAGCUGUCAAAAUCUAUUGCUGCAUCCAAGGUAGAAGCAAAUGUCUUGAGUACCUGGAUUAAUUUUCUGGAAGAUACUUCGGUUCUCCAGCACUCAUAUACUGAAACAAGGGAGAAGCAGGUCAAUGAUGAACUGGAGAGGCAUGAGGACUAUUUCAUGAAUUUGGCAAUCCAUCUUCUCUCUGAGAACAAGAAAGAGUUGGGGCUUGACAUCAGUCGCAUUGGGAAAUCUGUGGAAAAUCUAAAGAAUUUAAGUGAAGGAUCAGAGGUGGCAGGUGUGGCUCAAGAUGGUUCUAAAGUUUUACUCCAAAGGAAAGAUCUUGAAAAGGAAUAUAUGGACUAUGAAGCCAUGGUUAUAACCACCUUCAGUGUGGUUGAUAAUAUGAGAGAACAGCUUUAUGCUAAACAGGGGGCUGUUUGUAGGAAAGAUGAUGCAAAGAUAAAAGAACUAUUUGAUGAUAUUGAGAAAUUGAGAAAGGAAUUUGAAUCCAUUGGGAGGCCAAAUCUAGAAAUUGAGUAUCCACCUACCCCCAAGGCAGAGACUGCAUCUGAGAAGCCAUUGGGAAGCCCCACCCGAAAGUCAAUGCAGAAUCCUAGUUCACCAAAAUCCGAGCCAGAUGGGCAACCUAAAGCAUCUGCAGUUGAGGAACAGCAGAUGCUUGAUCCUGCGGCUGAACUAGCGAAGCUGGAGUCAGAGUUCAAGAAGGAUGCUCGAGAUUACUCAACAGAAGAGAUUGGCGACUGGGAGUUUGAUGAGCUUGAAAGGGAGUUGAUGUCUGGUGAUACAGCAACAGGAAAGUGACCAAUAAGCCCUCCGAUAUGGUGACUUGCAACAAAAAUCCAUAACACGUGAUCUCCCCAAAAGCUGAAUUUUAUAUCAUGAGCUUUUAGGUAUAACUUAUUUGUAACAUUGGUUUAAGUUUCAAUUUGUUCAUUCUUCUGUAAAUUGUCAAAAGUGUAUGUUUUACAGUGGAAUUAGACGAAACAAACAAAUGACGAAUGUAAAUGUUGAACUACAAUAUUACUGGACAAACGCAUUGGCAUGUA